UAUUGAAAUUUGGAAGGAGAGCGGUUAAGUCAAUAAGGUGACUGAGUUCCGUGGACGGUUGGUGGCGACAGUCCGGUGAUGGAGGCCGCUUCUGCCGCCGAGGUCGAUGCUACUGUCGCCGAAGGAGGAGGAGUAGAUGCAUGCGAUGCCGUUGUUUCCGUUGCAGACUGCGCCAGCGGGGACGACGCUGUGCCGAUGGUUGGGGAGGGUGAAUCAACUGGUGGCCGAGGCGGCAAAGAUAGAGUAAAAGGACCUUGGUCUCCUGAAGAGGAUGCGAUACUCAGCCGCCUCGUGGGCAAGUUCGGUGCGCGGAAUUGGAGUUUGAUUGCUCGGGGAAUUGCUGGGCGAUCCGGAAAGUCUUGCCGCCUUAGGUGGUGUAACCAACUCGAUCCUUCCGUGAAGCGCAAGCCAUUUACUGAUGAGGAGGACAGGAUCAUUGUUGCAGCUCAUGCAGUACAUGGAAACAAAUGGGCAGCAAUUGCUCGACUCUUGCCUGGGAGAACGGAUAAUGCUAUAAAGAAUCAUUGGAAUUCCACUUUACGGCGUCGAUGUACAGAGCUUGAAAGAAUCAAGUCUGGGAACACUGUGGAUGAUGCUAGUUUAGAAAAAACCAAGGGAUCAUCGGAAGAAACCCUUUCAUGUGGAGAUGUAAAUUCCUUUAAAUCCUUGGAAGGAAAAGACACCUGCUCACGGGAGCAUAUUGAUGAUCAGUUUGAAGACAAGGUCCCUAUGGCUAUUGAGGGUCAAUUUAGUCAUGAAGUCAAAGAACAAGAACAGCCUACUCUUUUCAGGCCAGUGGCUCGAGUAAGUGCUUUUAGUGUAUAUAAUCCUUCGGAUGGCCAAGAGUCUUUGAGGGCAUUUUUACGACCUGUUCCCAUGCAAGGCCCACUGAUUCAAGCAUCAACACCAGACGUGGAAGCUAGCAAAUUGCUUGAAGGUGUUUAUUGUGAUCGAUCAGUGCCUCAUCAAUGUGGUCAUGGUUGUUGCGAGAGUUAUAACCAGGGAUCUACAAUGGACUCCUUAUUAGGGCCAGAAUUUGUGGACUUCUCAGAGCCGCCACCAUCCUUUACCAGCUUUGAACUAGCUGCAAUUGCAACUGACAUAAGUAACCUUGCUUGGCUUAAAAGUGGAUUGGAGAAUGGCAGUGUCAGAGCAAUGGGAGAUUCGGCUGGAAGAUUAAAUGGUUCUCAGAUGCAAGUGGGGCGUUUAUAAGAGACUUUGCCAGUAGCAGAUAUGAUUUAUUUUAACAACGAUUGUUUAUGCGAUCCCUUCAGACUACAAGAAUUGACCUAAUUUAUAUAUUUAUGGCACUGAUAGGAGGUGUUUCCUCAAGCACACUGGAGAAUUUUUGGAGUUUAUUGGAUAUGUAUUUUGUUUUGUGAUUAGUUUGUUUUACCCUUUACCAUCUGUACAGCUUGUCUCUGCUGCUAGGAAUCAUGGAUAAGGGGCAAGUCAAGUGACCCUCAUGUCUAAGUUUCCAGAGUCCUGUUUUUUGUUUCUGACCACAAACUCUUUGAGUUUGGAAAUUUUAUGAACAUGAACGGAACUGUGUGAGUUGAGAGGGGCAAAACUUUGUCAAUUACAUAUAGUCCCUGAAAUUUCGUGCAUUCUUGUUCCAGCUGAUGAACAUUUCUGGAAUCUGUUCCUGAUGACUGUACUAUGGAAAGGGCAAACGGAAGCUAUGGCCUUCAUCGUGGUGGUAGAGAUCGGAGAUAAUUCUAACUGCUCGUUAGUUUUAAUUUAGUAGAACUAUGAAUCUUUUUUCUAUGUGAUGGCUGAUGAUUGUCAUUGGUACACAGAUUACUGUAUCUUUGAAGAAUUCUAAUGUUCUAUUUUGGGAUAACAUGAUUGGUUAUUUUAUAUUUAAUAGAGGCUGUUUUUCAUAUGCAUUCACAUAUUCAAGCGCAUGUUAAUGAACAGAGCUUUAUUCCCAUGCCCUUGGGGGAGCCCCUAUUUGUUUGAUUUAUUCCAGAAAAAAAGCGGUAGCCUUAUGUGGAAAUGGUGGGUUACUGCUCUUUGUUGA